UCUCGACGCAGCCUGAGACGAACGUUACCCGCGAGCGCGCGACAUUCCCUGACGUCGGUGGGCCCGAGUGUAUCUGGUGUGAGUGAUCUAACGUUACCUACAACAUGUCUCAUACGAAGACGACCAAGUCCUACACCUACCGGUCCACGGGGGGAGGAAACGCCGACGUCAGCAUCGAGUACACAGCCGACCUGAGCGCGCUGACACGGCUGGAGGACAAGAUCCGCCUCCUCCAGGAGGACUUGGAGAGCGAACGAGAGUUGAGGUCACGGAUAGAGCGGGAGAAGGCAGACCUGAGUGUGCAGGUUAUUUCUCUCUCAGAACGAUUAGAGGAAGCGGAAGGCGGUGCUGAAAGCCAGUUUGAGAUCAACAAGAAGCGUGACACAGAGCUGAACAAGCUGCGCAGAUUGCUCGAGGAUGUCCACAUUGAAAGUGAGGAGACCGCGGCGCUGCUCAGGAAGAAACACCAGGAGGUCGUCAACGACUUCCAGGAGCAACUUGACCAGAUCGCCAAGGCCAAGGCUAGGACUGACAAGGAAAAGGCCAAGUUCCAGCAAGAAGUUUAUGAACUCCUUGCACAAAUUGAAUCUUCCUCCAAGGAAAAGAUUAUCUUAUCCAAGACGGUAGAGAAACUGGAAGUGACCAUCCAUGAACUGAACAUUCGUAUUGAGGAAUUGAACCGAACAGUCAUCGACAUCACCUCGCACAAGACUCGCUUAUCUCAGGAGAACAUUGAGUUAGUAAAGGAGGUGCAAGACUUGAAGGUGAACAUUGAGAAUGCGACAUACCUCAAGAGCCAACUCGCUGGACAGCUGGAGGACGCUCGCCGCCGCUUGGAGGAUGAUGAGAGGAGACGCUCCCUGCUGGAGGCCUCCCUCCGCCAGGUGGAGGUGGAGCUGGAGUCAGUCCGAGUACAGCUGGAGGAAGAGUCUGAGGCUCGUCUGGACAUUGAGAGACAACUGGUCAAGGCCAACGGAGAGGUGUCUCUGUACAAGAGCAAGUACGAGUCUGAGGCCCAGGCCCGCGCUGAGGAAGUCGAGGAACUUCGCCGCAAGUACACCACUCGUCUGCAAGAGCAGGAGGAACACAUUGAGUCUCUGGUAGUUAAGAUCAACAACUUGGAGAAGCAAAAGUCUCGUCUGCAGAGUGAGGUUGAGGUCCUCAUCAUUGAUCUGGAGAAGGCCAACAACACUGCCCGGGAGCUGCAGAAGCGAGUGGAACAACUCGAGCGCAUCAACAUCGACCUGAAGUCCCGUCUGGAGGAAACAAGCGCCCUGUUUGAGCAGACCCAGCGUGACCUGCGCAGCAAGCAGGCUGAGCUGCAGCGCAUCGGCCACGAGCUGGAGAAGACCCGGGAACAGAAGGACUCUCUGGCCCGUGAGAACAAGAAGCUUUCUGAUGAUCUGCACGAUGCCCGCAACUCCCUGGCCGAGUACAACCGCCGCCUGCAUGAGUUGGAGUUGGAACUGCGCCGUCUGGAGAACGAGCGAGAGGAGCUCACUGCUGCCUACAAGGAGGCCGAGGCUGGCCGCAAGGCUGAGGAACAGAGGGCCAUGAGGCUGGCUGCUGAGCUUGGACAGUUCCGCCAUGAAGCCGAGAAGAGGCUGCACGAGAAGGACGAGGAGAUCGAGUCUAUCCGCAAGCAGACCAGCAUCGAGAUCGAACAGCUGAGCGCUCGCGUCGUCGAGGCUGAGACCAAGCUGAAGACGGAAGUCACUCGCAUCAAGAAGAAGCUGCAGAUCCAGAUCACGGAACUCGAGAUGUCACUCGACGUCGCCAACAAGAGCAACCUCGAACUGCAGAAGACCAUCAAGAAGCAGUCACUCCAACUCACUGAGCUACAAGCCCACUACGACGAGAUGCAGCGCCAACUGGCCGUCACGUUGGACCAGUACGCCAUCGCCUCACGCAAGGUGCAGUCCAUCACCGCUGAGCUGGAGGAGAUUCGCGCUAACUACGACAGCGCCCUGAGAGGCAAGCGCACUGCCGAGCAGAUGUACGAGGACAGCCAGAGCCGCGUUAACGAGCUGACAACCAUCAACGUCAACUUAUCCGCCUCCCGCACCAAGAUCGAGCAGGAAUUGUCAGUGCUUAUGUCCGACUACGAGGAGGUCACCAAGGAACUCAGGAUCUCCGACGAGAGAUACCAGAAGGUUCAGGUUGAGCUGAAGCACACAGUGGAGAUCCUCCAUGAAGAACAAGAGCGAAUCAUCAAGAUUGAGGCAAUCAAGAAGUCUCUGGAGAUUGAAGUGAAGAACCUCUCCGUCCGUCUGGAGGAGGUAGAGGCUAAUGCUAUCGUCGGAGGCAAGCGCAUCAUUAGCAAGCUGGAGGCUAGGAUCCGAGACCUUGAGCUGGAGCUGGACGAGGAAAAGCGCAGACACUCAGAAUCCAUCAAGAUCCUGCGCAAGAAGGAGCGACAUGUCAAGGAGUUGGCGAUCCAGUCAGAGGAAGACCAGAGAAACAUUCAACUUUUGCAGGAGACACUCGACAAGACUGUGCAGAAAAUCAACAUCUACAAGAGGCAGCUGCAGGAAACCGAGGGCAUGUCACAACAGAGCGUGACCCGAGUACGCAGAUUCCAGCGAGAGUUGGAGGCCGCCGAGGACCGCGCAGACACAGCCGAGAGCAACCUGUCACUGAUCAGAGCCAAGCACCGCACCUUUGUCACCACCAGCACCGUCCCCGGCUCCCAGGUGUACCUCGUACAGGAACGCACUACCACCACAAACAUCGAGUAAAUCCAAACUCACACCGCACGCUUUUGUACCAACCAAAAGACACCAACUUACACACUACACUUCCAAUUUCCGAGCUUCCAAAAUUAUCGGUAACAAGAAUUAAAUUGGCGACACAAAGCUCGGAUUUUUUUUGGUGAGGUUCAGUUUGUAUAUAUUAAGGGUUUACCGCACCAAAAUUUAGCGCGCUCUACGAUCCUAUCCGAUUGAUUUUCGCUUAUGUGCAGAAGUAUGAGACUCGAGAUUCAAAGGCAUUUACAGGGGUCGAACUUAUCUCUGGCUCACUUCACCUGUUGAAGUGCCAAAGAUAUAAUUUUUAGUUAACGAGAGGUGGGCUUGUACGCUUCUACACUCGACUAUGGUAUCAAGUACACACGCAAUAUUUAUGGUAGGUAUGCUAAACAAUUUAGAUUUAGGUGAUGAAUUCUUGUUGCCUUUAUUACUUGUUGGAGUUGGUUGACUCAGAUGUUUUGCUAACAUUGUCAUUGUAAGAAUUCUUAUAUCAAUUUUCUGAAUAAAGUGUGAUAAUGUUG